CGUCCUCACUCGUGCGUCUGGGCCUGUGUGUUUGGCCCUGGCGGGGACGGCUUGGACGACGCCGAAAGUCCGUUAAACGGGCUGCUUCUCCGGUUUGAAUCCCAGCCAUCAGUCGUGUCUGAGCCAGCCGAGGAGCAACACCCUGGUCGUCAUUAUCAUCCAUAACUUGGUCGCUUGCUCCUCCGCCUCCUCCUUUUGACGACCACGCUCGCUUCGUGUGAUCCACCCCCCUCCUCCAAAUCAACAUGACCACCGCCCUCCGAUCCUUGCGCAGCGCCGUCAGCUCCGCCCACAUGGAGGGCCCAGGCAGUGAAAACGCCCUGACCCUACCCCCCGGCAAAGGCCACCUUCAGCCCGGUCAAGAGGGUGGUGGAGGCGGGCUCAAGAUGCGCGGGCUGCCUGGGCGUGCCGCUUUGGGCGAUAUUGGCAAUAAUGCGGCCCCUCUCAACCGAGGAGGAAUGAACGCCAAGAAAGAUGGCCUGAUCCGGAAAGAACCUCUGAAGCCCGCUCGAGCUUUGGCCAAACAAAAAGGCACGUCGAACUUGUUACCCGCACAGCCGCAUGUGGAACACCCGUUGGUGGGCGGACCCACCACCCGCUCCAAAUCCAUGUCCAGCCCUGAACCCAUGGAAGUGGUCGAAAUGGCCGAGACAGCCUCCCACGGAGUCAUGGAGGUGGAAACGGAUGGCUUUCAUGGGGUGAAUAAGAGUAUACCCGGUCCGGUGGAGGAUAUUGACGAGGACGACCGCGAGAAUCCGCAAUUGGCUGCGGACUAUGUGAAUGAAAUCUACGCUUAUAUGAGAGAACUCGAGGCUCGACAGAAUAUCCGCGAAAACUAUCUGGCCCUUCAAGGCGGCAAGGUGGUGAUCAAGCCGAAGAUGCGGAACCUCCUCGUGGAUUGGAUGGUGGACGUGCACACGCAAUUCAGUCUCCUCCAGGAGACCCUCUACCUCUCCGUGGCCAUUCUCGACAGAUUCCUGCAGGUGAAGGCCAGCACCCUGACCACCAAGCAGCUCCAAUUGGUGGGCGUGUCCGCCAUGUUCGUGGCCUCCAAAUACGAGGAAAUGUACCCACCCGAAAUCGGUGAUUUCGUGUAUAUUACCGACAAGGCCUACACAGAGAGUCAGAUCCGCAAGAUGGAGAUCACGAUCAUCUCGUCGUUGGACUUUGAAUUGGGCCGACCGCUGCCCUUGAACUUUCUGCGGCGCAACUCGAAGGCCGGCUUUGUGGACGCUCAAGCUCACACUCUGGCCAAAUAUGUGAUGGAACUCAGUCUGGUGGAAUACCGAAUGGCCCACGUGCCGCCUUCAGUCCUGGCAGCCGCCUCAUUAGGGUUCGCCAUGAAGGUACUAGACUCGAGUAACGCCUCCUUAGUCGACCUGUGGACGCCCACCUUGGUCCAUUACACAUCCUACACCCUAGAAGACAUUGCCAGCUCCUUGAUGGCCAUUGCCGAUAUCGUCCAGAGCAUUAACACAGAGGAUGAUAACAACGCUCAAACAGAGUCCGGAACCUCAUCGUCAUCCUCUUCCUCCUCGUCGAAAAAGCGCCUUCGUGCCGUGAAAACCAAGUAUUCCAGCAAGAAAUUCAUCAAGAUCGCCCUCCUCCCACAACUCCGAGAAAGUGUGACCAAGCAAAUGGCCGAGGGGCACUUCUAAAUUCAAAUAUUCUGCCAUUCUGCUUCCUUAUCACUCCACGACGAAUUCUCUCUCCAACGUGUGUGGAGACCCCCCCCGAAGAAGGUGGGGGAUCAUGCCUGACAGGAGGAGGGAGGCAUCCAUGCUUUCAAGUCUCCCUAGGAUCAGACAAUUGUUCUUGGCUCCCCUGCUCCCCUCCCCCCACCCCACCAAUCCUCUGUUCUGUUGUGAUCCGUCCGCUUUUGACCAAUACAAGUACCACCUUCUUGUA